GCAACUUUUCUCUUUUUUUCGAGCAACCUUCAUUCGCCUUCACAUCCGGCACGCAAACCACGAGCCUCUGCCGACUUCAACGACCAAUACAGACAAGAUGCCUCCCAAGUUCGACCCCAAUGAGGUUAAGGUGAUCCACCUCCGCGCCACUGGUGGUGAGGUCGGUGCCUCCUCUGCUCUUGCUCCCAAGAUUGGUCCUCUGGGUCUCUCUCCCAAGAAGGUCGGAGAAGACAUUGCCAAGGCUACUGGCGACUGGAAAGGCCUGCGCGUAACUGUCAAGCUUACCAUCCAGAACCGUCAGGCUGCCGUCUCUGUUGUUCCCACUGCUUCUUCUCUCAUCAUCAAGGCCCUCAAGGAGCCCCCACGCGACCGCAAGAAGGAGAAGAACAUCAAGCACAACAAGUCUGUCGCCCUCGACGAGAUCAUUGAGAUCGCCCGCACCAUGCGAUACAAGUCUUUCGCCAAGGACCUCUCUGGUACCGUCAAGGAGAUUCUCGGAACCGCCUACAGUGUUGGCUGCCAGGUUGAUGGCAAGCCUCCCCAGUCUGUCAUUGAGGCCAUUGACAGCGGCGACAUCGACAUCCCCGAGGAGUAAAUUUGAUCUCACGAAUUCAAAUACCACAAAACAACAACAAUAGAUCCAUUGUCUGAUGGUCUCCUCAUCAACCACA